CUCCAUUCAUGAUUUCGCGGCGCACGCGCCCUUCCACCCCUUGGUAUGGAAAACUCUUCUACGGACUAUGUAGGUGCUGGACUACGUAACUGCAUGCACACGUAUGCUCUGGUGAAGGUGGCCUACGAUCAAACUGCGCCCUGGAAUGCCGCCACAGUAAUAAGCUUCAUCCCUCAUAAGAAAAGUUCGAAAAUACCGAUCCACCAAAUGCCACACGCAGAUGAUUCCAUUGCCAAUUACCAACAAUUCUAAUGCUAGUUCACCGGGCACUGGAUCAUCUGAGGACAGUAAUUAUCAAACUCAAUCAGACGAGCUUGGUGUAGAUUCGUUAGUUAGUACUAUACUACAAGUAGUGAAUGGCGAUUUCAAUGGACCGACUUCUCGCAAUAUUCAAUUUUCACAAGUCAGAAAUUCCAUUCAUAGUAGAUGUAAAGAUUGUGCUGACGCGGUUUGUACUUCAUGUUCUACAAAUCAACUUUUUAAUAUACCAAACGGUGACUACAAUUCGCAUAAUGCAUCAGAAAUAAUGAAUCCUCCAAUUGUCAAUAAUCCAAGUUUCAAUUUUCAAACUUUACCUAUGCCUUGCAAGAUUCAUCAUGAUGCUCCGCAAUUUUACUGUCAAACCUGUAACAGACCUAUCUGUGUUAAAUGUGGAUUUCACCAACAUCCAGGACAUAUUAUGAUUAAUUUCAUGGAAGCCGUUGAAGUUGCUAGCACUCAAGCAAAAGAAAUACUGAACGAAGCUAAGAUUGGAAUUUCAGCUCUUAGAGAAGAAUUAGAUGCUACACAGAUGGCGAUAGAAAUAUUAGAGCAGAAAGCGCGACAAGCAACUACAGAUGUAAUGUUGUGCGUAAGAAGAGUAACUUCUGCCUUAGAGGCAAGAGAAAAAGAAUUAUUAGGUAAAGUUGAAAAAGCAAGGCUUUUAAAAUUCGCUGCGCUAAAAGCAAGAGAUGAAGGACUUCGGAAUGGAUUGACUCGAUUAUCUCUAGCUGUUGAUAAACUUAACGGAGCUAUAGAAUCAAAUAUUUUGACUAGCAAUCCAUUGAACCUGUUGCUUACUAAAGACAUGACUUCGGCAGAGGUUUUUCAAAUACAACAAAGUCGUCAGUCUCUCCCGUCGCAAGAAGAGAACUGGAUCUCUUUUAACGGAUUAGAAGGAUCGAUGUUAACUUCUAUAACGAAUUUUGGAAUUAUUGUAGUGAACAAUCCAGGACCUAUAGGCGAUCGACGAGCUGUAAGAGGUCGUGGAAACUCGCCUCAUUUUAAGCAAACAGCCGUUGUUGCAUUAAAUCCGGCAAUAGGAAGACCCGUUCCUUCAAACACUUUUCCAGUUAUAGUUAGGACAAACCGCAGUUGCGAUUUGUCAAUAAAACCUCAAAGAAUCAUUGGCAACAAUAGUAAUGCAAUAGAUAAUCUAUGCCGACCUUGGGGUGUAGCAUGCGACAGAGACGGAAACAUAAUUGUUGCGGAUAGAUCGAACAAUCGUAUUCAAAUAUAUAAACAAGAUGGUCAACUUAUAAAAAGAUUUGGUUCUCACGGUACUGGACCAGGACAAUUUGAUCGUCCGGCUGGCGUAGCGGUUGAUGCACGUCGUCGUAUAAUUGUAGCUGAUAAAGAUAAUCAUCGUAUACAGAUUCUGGCAAUGGAUGGCCAAUUCCUUCUGUGUUUCGGUGAGAAAGGCAGCCGUUAUGGUCAAUUUAAUUAUCCGUGGGAUGUAGCAGCGAACUCCGAAUGCCAGAUAGUUGUGUCUGAUACUAGAAAUCAUCGCGUCCAGUUAUUCAGUCCUGAAGGUAUUUUUCUCCGAAAGUUUGGCUUCGAAUCAGCACCAAACAUGUGGAAGCACUUCGACUCACCGCGCGGAGUAGCUUUUGACCCUGAAGGAAAUAUUGUUACUACAGAUUUUAACAAUCACAGGCUGGUUAUCAUUGAUGCUGAUUUUAUGCAAUCCCGAAUUUUUGAAUGCGAAAGUACAGCUAGUUCUAAACAAUUUUUAAGGCCGCAAGGUCUGGUAAUCGACGACGAUGGCAAUAUUAUUGUAGCUGAUUCUAGAAAUCAUAGAAUACAAAUAUUUGAUUCGGAUGGAAUGUUAAAAUGGCGAUUUGGUAAUUACGGUAAAGCUGAAGACGAAAUGGAUAGACCAUCGGGGAUAGCUUUAUGCCCUGAUGGUAGAAUAGUUAUUGUAGACUUUGGUAAUAAUAGAGUUCUUCUUAUUUAAACAAUCGGCCGAUCGACUUUAUUAAGCGAAAAAGGACGAGUGCUAAUAAACGUAAGAUUUAAUCUGAAAACCCAAAACUAUGGAUUUUCAUUAUUGUAUACAGUAUGAAAAUCCGUAGUUUUGGCUUCUUUUACUUUUAUUUUGCAUUUUUUAAUUUUUUAAGAUAUAA